AUGUCGGGGCGCGACCACAACCAAGGGAACCAGGCGCGCAGCUUCACGCCCGAGCAGAAGGCCGCCGUCAUACGGAUCCGGAGGUGUCAGGCGACGGCCUUUUACGAGAUCCUCGAGCUGCAAAAGACAUGCUCAGACUCGGAGAUCAAGAAGGCGUACCGCAAGCAGUCGCUGCUGACGCACCCGGACAAGAACGGCCACGAGCAUGCGGACGAGGCCUUCAAGAUGGUCAGCCGCGCGUUCGGCGUGCUCGGCGACAAGGAGAAGAGGGAGAAGUACGACCGCUACGGGACCGAUCCCGACAGCCGCUUCGAGAGCGCUCGCGCGCAGGCGGGCAACCCCUUCGCGGGCGGUGGCGGGUUCGGCGGUGCGAGACCAGGUGGCAACCCGUUUGCGGGAGGCGGUGGUGGCAUGUGGGAGGAGGAGAUCAGCCCUGAGGAGAUGUUUGCACGGUUCUUUGGUGGUGGCUUUGGCGGUGGUGGUUUUGGUGGCGGCGCCUUUGGAGGAGGCCAGCCAUUCGUGUUCAACCUGGGAGGCCAGCGUGGGUUCCGAGUACAUCAGAUGGGCGGAGCCGGCCCGCGGGGGAGGCCGAGGCAAGCGACAGAGCAGCAGGGUGAGCGGUCAGGGUGGGAGACGUUCAUCGGCCUGCUCCCGAUCCUGUUCUUCCUGCUCUUCCCCAUCCUCACAUCGCUCUUUUCAGGCGGCGACUCGCAGCCGGCCAUGCCGAAGAUGGCCUUCGACGUCGCGCAGCCACCAAUGACCUUUGAGCGCGCCACGCCAAACUACGGCGUCAAGUACUUUGUCAACCCCAACGACGUGGCCGACUGGACGGACUACAAGCUGCGGCAGAUGGACAAGGAGGCCGAGGACGGCUUCAUCCGCAGCCUGAAGCGGGCGUGCGAGCUCGAGCGGCGGACCAAGCAGCGCCUCGUCGACGAUGCGCAGGGCUGGUUCUUUGAGGACCCGGACAAGAUGAAGCUCGCGGACGACUUUGAAAUGGCCAACUGCAAGAGGAUCGACGCCCUGUCGUAG